UGCAGGAAAAAAGAGAUAAAUAUCAAAGAAAGUCAAGUGAGUCAAAACUCAAACGCAUUGCUUGAGGGUUAAAAAAACAUGAACCAUGUUACGCGGCUUGUGUUCUUUUCUUGGGUUCAUGAGUUUUUCGCUUUCGCCCUUCUCUUUCAUAAUUCUUUCUGAUAUUGUUCUUGCUAGCUUUACCUCGGAAGCUUCUCUUUCUAUCUCGAUGAAUCAAUCUGCCGAAGAACACAGUUAUCAGAAGAAACGGCAUUGAUAGCUGGCAUGAAGGACUUGCUUCUUGAUUUUCAAUGCUUCGCUGAAUGUCUGCGUUGGUAUUUCAUGGAGGCCUUUGAAUUUACAGCUGACGAAUUUCUUGCACUUUGCUUGGUUUUUGCCUCUUUCCUUGAAGUGCUUAUUGGGUUCUUUUGCCAAAUCUUUAUUUUUUAGGUUCUUGGUAGCAGCACGCAAGAUUUCAGUUUGCUUGUAUGUUAAAGGUCUAUCAUAUCAAUCCAAGAUCCAUUAAGAGAGCAGUGGUGCCAUUUGAUUAUUGGUCCUGGCAUCAGAGUGGAUUUGGCUGUGAUCAUAUUCAGGCUAUUAUCUGUAUCUCUAUGGAUUCAAUUCAAAAUAAAGUUUAUUAUUGUUGUGUUUCUAAGGGAAGCCGCAUUCUGUAUGCAUAUAGUGGUGGAGACCAUGAAAUUGAGAAUGUUGCAGCCCUGUGCAUGGAGAGGGCUCCCUCUUUCCACUGGUGGUAUUUUGAGACAAUUGGUAAAAGGACUUAUGGGUUUUUGAUGGAAGAUGGUUAUGUUUACUUUACAAUUGUUGAUGAAAGUCUUGGUAACUCUGGAGUUCUUCGCUUUUUGGAGCAUGUUAGGGAUGAGUUCAGAAACUUAGCCAAAAAGGAUUCAAGAGGAAGUUUGUCAAAUAUGAAUUCUGUUUACAUUCAGGAAAAAUUAGUUCCAGUUAUCCGCCGCCUGAUCACUUCAUUGGAGAGUGUGUCGGAUAAUAAUAGCAAUUUGAGGGAUGAAACUUUGCCUUUUCAAGUGGGUCUGUCUCCAUCACCAAGUAAUCUAAAUGGACAGAUUGAAGGUGCUAGCUCAACAAAAGCCCCUUUAUUGGGAAAAUCUAACAAGCAAGAUAAGAAGAAAGCAAAAGAUCAUGUGAUUGCAAUGCGAGAUGUUGAGUUGGAAGAGAAUCGGAAAUCUACAGAUAGGGGAAUAAAGGUUGAUUCAGGAAAUGUGGACUCUAAUAGUCAAGGUGGAGCAGCUGCUUCAUUCUCUUUGCAGAAAGAUUUUGGUUCGAUGAGGAUGAGAUCAGGUCCUCAAAGCAUUCGCAAGAAAUGGUGGCGCCAAGUACGCAUUGUUUUAGCUAUUGAUGCAGCUGUCUGUUUAAUAUUAUUUGUCAUCUGGUUAAUAGUAUGUGGUGGCAUUUCCUGCAUUCGCUAAAUAUGCAGUCUUGUAUUAUUUUGGAUUUCAAUUGCAAUUCAAGCUGAAACUUGAAAAUCACUACACAUGGUGAUCUGUGACAGAAACAAGUUUCUUUGUGGAGCAUGUAGAAGGAGGUGACACAUUGAUCUUGUCUGUAAGACAUAGCACUGAUAGUCAUGUCCAUUGAGUUACCCAUCUGCUGUACAGUUUCUUCAACACAUUUGUAUUUAUUAUAGAUGAAUGUUGGGAGAAAUCAUAUGGUUCUUGAUUCACUUUUUUA